AUGGAUAAUAACAUAUUUAAAGGGACUAAACCUGAUAUAAUAAUACGUCAACCGACAGAAGACGAAGAUCAAAUACUAGAAGACUUUCAUUUUAACUACUACGAUGAUUUAACUUCUCCUUACCCUUCCUCAAGCAUAAACCCUACUCAUAACACACAGGGAAGUAUUUCAAGUGGUAUACCACUACUACAUCAUGAUAUACUGCACCGCAGAUCAUCUUCAGGUAUUACUUAUAACUCACGUCGACAAUCUUCCAUCGACAACAGUUCAAGUGAAGCUCCCUUACUACACACUAGACUGAGUCUGUAUGGCAAACAGAAAACUGCAUAUGACAUAGUCACCAAGAGUGACUCAUCAAGUCCUUCUCCAUCUCCAGAUGAUGACCAUACCAAUGAUGAAGAUGUUGAAGAAUUACGGCAAGGUAUUGAUUACGCGUUAGGGAACGACAGAAAUGAUCCAAAUUGGUUCCCCGUCACUGUACCUUACAAACAAACUGACACGGGGCACGAAGAUGCCGAUCUGGAAAUAGGAAGUCCUUCUGAUUUCACAUUCAAUAUCCCCAUGCAAAAUCUUAGAAGAAGACAAAGUAUAAGAUCACAAGAUCAAUCUUCAAUUAUCUUCGACAACAAAUCAAAAUCAAGUGGGAAUGACCAUAGCCACCUAGAAGCACAAUCAUGGAACGACCAGCCCCCUACUACACCAGUUAUCAAGUUUUCUAAUGUUUUAUCAAGAAUAUCAGAUAGAGUUGCGGGUACAGGACCAAAAGACAAGUCAAAAGAUGAGCUGAAAAGUCCCAUGGCCAGUCCUGUUAUGCCUAGUACACCAAUGAGUGCACGAUUCCAAGAUACUACACAAGAUGGAGGAAGCCUAAAAGUAUUCUCACCAGAAUCAAAAAUCCGGCAAUUUUGUUACAAAGUAUUUGAAAAUAAAUACACAAAUUCCUUCUUUUUGUUCUUGUUAGUAUUACAGAUUGCUUUAUUAAGUUAUAGACAAUGGAAUCCACUUAAAAUUGGAGGAUAUAUAUAUGACGGAUACAAUUGGGCUGAUUAUACGCUUAUGUUAAUUAACUUCAUUUAUACCUUGGAAAUAAUUGGAAAAAUUAUAGCUUAUGGAUUCAUUGAUGAUGAAAUCAUGUACCAAGAAUUAGGAUUGACUUAUCCUGAAAAUGAAUUCAGAAAUAUGUACUUCAGUUCUCAUUAUAUUAUAAAGUUAUUCACAUUGUUUAAAUCAUGUUUGAAUCCUAGGAAAGAUACAAGCUAUUAUGUCAGAGAAGAAAAUUUCUCUCCUGAUUAUAGUAGUGCUGAAGAACAAAUUGAUAUAAAGGCAAAAUACAGGAUGACACUGCAUCAUAGGCAAGAUUCAUUAUCAGAUAUGCAUUACUCUCAACCUCCAAACAAAAGAGCUUUUCUUAGAAACAGUUGGCAUAGAAUUGAUUUUAUAUCGAUGGUAACCUUUUGGAUUUCAUUGCUCCUAUCUAUAAACUAUUAUGACAGGGAACAUCACAUAAUGAUAUUCAGAUCUAUAAGUUGUUUACGUAUUUUACGUUUACUUAAUUUGACUACGGGUACCAACACUAUCUUGAAAGCAUGUAAAGCUGCCAUCCCACAGUUAAUCGAUGUUGCAAUAUUCAUUUCAUUCUUUUGGUUUUUUUGGGCUAUAAUUGGUGUGCAAUCAUUCAAAUCUUCAUUAUCUAGAAGAUGUGUCUGGACAAAUCCAGCAGAUCCAACUGAAACUUUUAUCAACGAGAUUCACUUUUGUGGAUCAUAUCUUGAUUUGAAUGGAGUUCGACAACCAUAUAUAUUACGAGAUGGCUCAUCCUCCAAUGAAAUCAAAGGGCACACAUGUCCAAAAUUUUCACGAUGUGUAAGUGGAGAAAAUCCGUACAAUGGAACACUUAAUUUUGAUAAUAUUUUGCAAUCAAUGGAAAUGAUAUUUAUUGUGAUUAGUGCAAAUACGUUCACGGACAUAAUGUAUGAUACUAUAGAGUCAGAUAAUUUUGCCGCAUCGUUAUUUUUCAUUGGUUGUAUAUUUAUUAUGUGUGUGUGGUUAGUUAAUGUAUUCAUUGCCGUUAUUGUUACAAGUUUCAAUGUUACCAGAAUGGAACACGAACAAGAGAAACAGAAUAAAAGGUUUCUUGAUUUGUUUGGACACAGUGAGCCUCAUGAAAAGCGAAUUGAAUUUCUCAAGAAUCAAAAUGUGUUUCUUAAGUGGUACUAUAAAUUAGAAUUUAUGUUUAUUCUUGUGAUUAUUGCCGAUUUAUGGGUUCAAUGUUUUAGAAAGAAUGGGAUGAGCGACCAAAGAAGACACUUGCUAUACAGAUUUGAAGCAAGUUUUACCCUUGCGUUUCUAAUUGAAAUUAUAUUCCGACUUGUUAUACAUUUUCCAAAUUGGCGAUUAUUUUUUAGGUCUAAACGAAACUGUUUUGAUUUAUUCUUGGCUAUUAUCACAUCAAUUAUUAUUAUUGAACCAGUAAAGGACAGAUUAGGACAGGCAUACUAUUGGUUGACUGUUUUCCAAAUUAUGAGAUUUUAUCGAGUGGUUUUGUUUACUUCAAUUACAAGAAAUCUUUGGUUGAAAAUCAUGGGGAAUUUCAAGGCAAUUUUUGAUUUGACGUUGUUCUUCUUUAUAUUGUUAUUCUUGAUAAGUAUUAUAUUGGCAAGGUUCUUUGAAGGAAUUAUGACCAUGGAUGAAAUUGAAAACGUUUCAUUUUCGAUGCAUACAUUACCCGCUACAUUCAUAUCAUUAUAUAUUAUCACAUCUACUGAAAAUUGGACGGAUAUAUUGUACGCAAUGCAAGAAUAUGCCCCAACUACUUCAUCUAGAUGUUUGGGAGCAAUUCUUAUCAUUAGUUGGUUUAUUUUGAGUAAUAUGAUUAUAUUCAAUAUUUUCAUUGCUGUUAUUGCAGACACAUUGGAGGUUUCGGAACAAGGUAAGAGAAGACAACAAUUGUUACAGUUUAUUGAUAAUAUGACAAACAAGAUUCAGAAUAUAAAUCAUGAAAUUGGAUUAUUGACAAAGAUAAAGACAAAGCUUUUCAAAAGGAACAAGAAUUAUAACGAUGUGGAACAUGAUGUAAUUAAUUUAUUGCUCAGUGCCAAAUUAAAUAAUCCAUUUUAUGACGAUAUUACAAGGACAGAAGAUUUAGAUGAUUUUAGUCCUGCCAAUUUUGCAAAAGAAAUUCUUCUGCAACGUAAGUCUUUAGUUCAAAGACAGAAUGAGUAUCUUCAAAACAAUCCAAAGUACAACUAUGUAUUUUAUAUCAUUGGACCAAGACAUCGACUUCGUCGUAUUUGUCAAAGAUUAGUUAAGCCAAGCUAUGGAGAACGUAUAGAUGGAGUAGUACCAUUUCCGAGGUUGUCCGAGAUUUUCGUUAUAAUUAUGUUUCUUGCUACCGUGGGUUUAGUGAUCAGUGCAUGUUAUAUGACACCAAUUUUUAGACGUGAACAAGUGUUGAAAUAUGGGAAUAUUAACUGGACUUUUUGGCUAGAACUGGCAUUUACUAUCUUGUUUACCAUUGAGUUUGCGAUUAAGGUAAUUGCAGAUGGACUUGUAUUUACACCCAAUGCAUAUGCUAGAUCUUCCUGGAAUUUAAUAGAUUGUUCUGUAUUAAUUUCGUUAUGGAUUGAAGUGAUUGCAUUUUUGAACAAUGAUGGAAACUUAUCGAGAAUUGUUCGUGGUUUAAAGGCGCUUAGAGCUUUGAGAUUGUUGACCAUUAGUCAAACGGCAACACUUAAUUUUCACAAUACCAUGAUCUCAGGAUUUUGGAAAAUUAUAAAUGCAGCAAUAAUAUCACUUUGUUUAUUGUUUCCAUUUUCUAUUUGGGGAUUGAAUGUAUUUAACGGAAGAUUAGGUGUGUGUUCCGAUGGAGUAUCUCCAAAAGAAUUGUGCCUUGGUGAAUAUCCAAGUGUUGUAUAUAAUUGGGAAAUUGUUAGCCCUAACGUAUAUGCCAGCCCACAAUUACAUUUUAAUAGAUUUGCAAAUUCAUUUGCUACCUUAUUUGAAAUCACUUCGUUGGAAGGGUGGUCCGACUUGUUAUCGAAUGUAAUGGCAAGUACUGGGGUAGGAAGUCCACCUUCUAAGGAUGCUAGUCCAUUCAAUGGGGUUUUUGUGGUACUAUUCAAUAUAUUAAGUACUGUUUUCAUUUUGACCUUGUUUGUUUCGGUUAUCAUUAGUAAUUAUUCAAAGACAACAGGAAGAGCAUAUAUGACUACUGAUCAAAUUGCUUGGUAUCAAGUAAAGAAAAUCUUGGUUCAAACCAAACCGUCAAAGAGAAAGAAUCUAGAGACGUUUUCUGCCUUUAGAAAAUUUUGCUAUAAUAUGACUGUUGAAAAGUCAGUUAAAUGGGCUAGGAUUAUCAAUGUGGUAUUCUUCUUCCACGCUCUAUCUUUGAUGUUGGAAUGUUGGCCAUCACCAGACCUGUUAAUCAUAUUCCGAGAGCUGAUGUAUAUGAUAACAUCGAUUAUAUUCUUAAGUAAUAGUAUCAUGACUGUUAUUGCACAAGGAAGGUCAUUCUUACAAUAUAAGUGGAAUAUAUUCAACUGUUUUGUUGCAUUAGGAGCAUUUAUAACUACAGUUAUUGGCUUCUUGGUUGACCCAAGCUCAACAUUUAUUAAUUUUAACAAGUUGUUCCUUGUUGGUUUAUUGAUAUUUAUUAUCCCCAGAAGUAAUAGAUUGAAUCAGUUAGCAAGGUUUGCAUCUGCUUCAUUGCCCAAGAUCAUAUCAUUAAGUUUCACCUGGAUAAUUAUAUUCUUAGUGUUUGCAAUUGCUAUGAACCAAAUUUUUGGAUUAACCAAAAUUGGACCAAAUAGUUCAGGUAAUAUAAACUUUAGAACUGUUCCUAAGCUGUUGGUGUUGCUUUUCAGAUGCAGUUUUGGCGAAGGUUGGAAUUCAAUCAUGAAUGAUUUUACAUUGGAAAGACCGUUCUGCACGAGUGAGCCAAAUUUCGAUAAUAAUGAUUGUGGGAACAAGCAAUAUGCGUAUAUUUUGUUUAUGGCAUGGACUAUUAUAUCAAUGUACAUAUUCUUGAAUAUGUUUAUUUCGUUGAUUUUGGAUAGUUUCAGUUAUAUCAACCAUAGGUCGAAUUAUAACCAAUUGAUUCAACGUGAAGAGAUUAGAAAGUUUAAAAGAACUUGGCAAAGGUUUGAUCCUGAAGGAACAGGUUUUAUUAAACCAAUUGAAUUACCUAAGGUUUUGAAAGAAUUGGAUGGUGCAUUAUCAUUCCACUUGUAUUCUGGUGAUUUAACAAUUCCUAAACUUUGUAAACAGUGGAUAACUAGAAAUAGUAUGGAUCCCUAUGAUGUGUCAGUUGAUUUUACUGCAAUUGAAGCUACAAUGAAUUCAAUGGAUAUAGACAAGAUCAGAACCAGAAGAAGGCAAUAUGAAAUGUUUAUUGAAGAAGCAUUGGUCACAAUGGAACUAAAUAACGAUCCAGGAAUUUCCUUUACAAGGCUAUUAUUGCAAUUACCUUUAUACAUUGCAUUUGAUUCAGGACAAUGUUUGAACUUAACUGAUUAUUUAGAACGAAGAUUAUUACUACAAAAAGUGGUUAAACGAUUACAUACUAAGAGGGUAUACGAGCUUAUUGGUGGUUAUGCAUGUAGAUGGAAAUAUCAAAAGGAUAAGAAGCUAGAAGUCAAGCGACAUAGUUAUUUGACUAAUGAGAAUUUAAGAAUCAAUACCCCUCCACUGAUUUAUGUUACUGGUGAUGACAUUAGUGAUUAUAAUGUUCCACAAGUUAGAAGUUCAGCAAUUUAUGCUGACUACCCUGUGCAUGUUCAAACUAAACCGAAAUUAUCAAUUCAACCAAAUUAUGAUGAUAAAGAGACUUCGCCUUUUUUAGUUGAUGAAUAGGUUAUUAUUUAUUUUAUAGAAUAGAAUUUAUUAGGAAGUAUUUGUAUGUGAUAGAUUUUUACAAUGAAUCUAAGGCAAUACCUAUAUUUUGUCUGCAAAAAGUUCUACAUUUUUUUGCAGACAAACGAUUCAUAGUAAAAGAGAGAACAACAAUAUAUUAAUAUAUACCUCUAGCCAAGUGAGAAAAAGGGUUCAAUAUGCAUAAUAACCCAUGAUAAUAAAACAAUACCGAAGAAAACAGAAGACCAAGUAGACACUCUCAGCAAUCAAAAAAAAAAUACAUCACCCAAAUACAUCUAAAGGAAAGAAAGACCAAUAUCAACUCCAACACACAAAUACCACAAAGCAAAACAGAAUAUUUAAUUCAUAGGUACAACUUUAAAACCAUUUUUGGUUCGAUCGAUUACAUACCAAUCACGAUCAAUGACAAUGUAACGUAAAUUAGGAUAGGACACAUCGCUCAGCAAAAACUUGUCAAUUAUUUCAACUUCCUUAACUUUAUCCUUGGAUGUUCCUCUUUUGUAUAUCCUUUGAAACUCUUCAAAAGUCCAAAGUCUUUGGUCGGUGUUACUAAGAAAAAAAUGAGUGAGAGAUUUGGCAUGAUCUUCCAUGCAAUAGUGAAAUUGAGUCUCACGUAGUGGAGGAAGCUGGUGACAUGUAAUAUACAACUUUUCCAAGGUGUGCUUCUGCAAAGGCUUCAUAACAUUCGCAAACGAC